ACACCAUUGAUAACUGAGGAGAAGAAGAAACAGAAGAUAGACAGAGGACUUCUAACACUGUCGGUCAGCUCUUGAGUCUCAGCAUCAGAGGUCGUGUAUGAUGCGUUUGGCCGAUGAUCAGAAAUCACCAGACGAAGAAAUGAGUUUUGGGGCAGCGUGCAUUUUUCUGCGAGGAGGGAAAAAUAUCUCUAGAGAACUGGCUGAUGAUGAGAUUGAUGAGCUGCGCGAUGCAUUCAAUGAGUUUGAUAAAGACAAGGACGGGCUGAUCAGCUGUAAGGACCUGGGGAAUCUGAUGAGGACGAUGGGCUACAUGCCCACAGAGAUGGAGCUGAUCGAGCUGAGCCAGAACAUCAACAUGAACCUUGGUGGCAGAGUGGACUUUGAGGACUUUGUAGAGCUGAUGGCCCCGAAGCUUCUGGCAGAAACAGCAGGGAUGAUCGGUGUGAAGGAGCUCAAAGAUGCCUUCAAAGAGUUCGACAUGGACGGAGACGGAGAGAUCACGACAGAGGAGCUGCGGUCGGCCAUGACCAAGCUGAUGGGGGAGCACAUGAGCCGGAGGGAGAUAGAUGCCAUAGUGAAAGAAGCAGACGACAAUGGAGAUGGCACGGUAGACUUUGAAGAGUUCGUCAGAAUGAUGUCCCACCAAUGACAGCCGAGGAGUCAAGGAAGUACCUUUCCACCUUUACAGACAGGCAUCAAUAUAGAUGCUGUCUUUCUAUAAAGCUCUUUGACAGACGAGCUUGUACAUAUCACUUGAUAAUAAAAUUUAAAUAAAGAGCUGCGGAAAAAGUCAAGUCGUUCUCAGAGAGAAUUUUACUUCUAUGCAAAGACUGACAAUCAUGUAUUGAGACAUUUUUUAUGAUCAUUGAAACGAGCGUGUAAAUUAAAGGAACUAUACUGUUUUGUUUGAUGACACUUAUUUUAUAUACAGGAAGUCAUUAUGGAUUAUUUUAUUGAAUUGGAUUGAGUUUUUUUAAAGUGUAUAUUUAUUCUGACAGUAUUCUUAUCACUGAAACAAUGAAAUGCAAACUAGAUGUAAAGUUAUUGAGCAUUAACUAACAGUUAGGACACUACAAUGUUUAUCAUAUGUACAUAUGCAGUUAUUAAAGCCUGUGCUUGUUGUAAUGGGUUGGACUGCAUUAUUCAUGUAUGGAUGGAAUCCUGGUCACAAGUGUUUCCAGACAUCUCAAUAAAAAAUGCAAGAAUAUGUAAACCUUGCUCAAGAGUUUUGUUUUGAAUGAAUGCAACAAGAUUUCUGUGUGAUGUGUGUUUUUAAGUAAUUAAUCUGCAAGAAUUUGAAUUUUGGAUUUGUCACAUUUGUGUUAAAAGACAACAGCUGUUUCAUAAUUUUGAAAAUUCCACAAAAAGUAAAGAUACUUAAGGAUUUAUGUAGGAUACAAAAUUUGUCAUGGCAUUUUGUAAUUAAAUCCACAGGUCAUGGCAUUGUACAUUUCUGCAAACCAAGGUACAUUUGCACGUUUUGCACGUACCACAUCAAUGUUUCUGAAGUGAUGUAGUAUAUGAGCUGAGUUUGUCACUGGGAGGUGGAAGGGAUGGUGGAUGGCAUGUUGGCAUGUCACCUAAGCAAUAUGCCUACACCUGCUAAGCUGUAGACCGCUGUUCAAGACUAACAAACAACAAAACCUGCUGGGUAUUUUUUUAGCAGCUUUUUAGCCUCCCAAUGUUGGUGAUUUAUUUUAGCGACCUGUUUCUGUAUUUCUAGCAGCUUUUUAGUCUCCAAACCUGGGUGUUUUUUUUGCAACCCAUGGUCUUUUUCAGCAGCUUUUUAGCCUCCAGCCGUGUGUUUUUUUUUUUUAGCAACCAAUGGUUCUUGUUAGCCUCCCAAUGUUGGUGAUUUUUAGCAACCUGCGUUUCCAGCAGCGUUUUAGGUCCCAAAUGUGGUGUUUUUUAGCAACCUGUUGCUGUGUUUCCAGCAGCUUUUUAGCCCCCUAAUGUGGCUGUUUUUUUGGUGUCUCAUCGCUGUUUUUUUCAGCAGGGAUGGUGCCACAAAAGCGUUUUUUUUUUUACCAAGACACUGCUACUUUUCCAGCAGGUACUGUGCUCCUAAAACCAGGUAUUUCCAAACCAUAACCAAGUGGUUUUUGUGCCUAAACAUAACCACACCUUAAGCUGUGUCACUGAAACCUUAAGUUACAAUGUAUCCACUAUAUAAUAAUGGGCAGAUGAUUUGCAAAAACCUACUAAUGGCAACAUUUCUUUUCUGGCAACUGGGUUGGUCUGUGACCCAAGAGGUCAUUUCAUCAAUCCAGCUAAUAGCUUCAGUGCUGACAAGCAAAGGAAAAAGUCUUCCUCUGUUCAAAUGUGGAACAAAUUUUUUGCACGACAUCCAUAAUAAAUCUACUUGUAUAAUAAUACAAAACUCUUUGGUUGCAUAAUAAGUCAACGCAAUGAUAUGGAUUUCAUGUACCAAAGAAGGGAUUUGGAAACCCAAAACAUCAGUGAUGCUGCUGCACUGCGGGGUAGCUGAGGAGCUUUGGAGGGGCAUCAGGAUAAAGAGAUUGCGCGGCCACUGAUUUGAUAAGAGUGCCGUUCAUAAAACAUCAUCUCAAAAUUUAUGACAUCAUGCACGACAGAUUUCUAGGUAUUAAGUGCAAAAAAAAGGGGGAAAAGAUGUGCAUGUCCCAGAAUUGAGCUUUUUAGAGAGCGCUGCCUGAGCCAUUCUUUCAAUUUGGACAUUCUCAGUAAAAGUUUUUAAUGUUCAGGGAAUUUUGGAAACAGAGGUAAAAUGAGGGGAAGAGUUUUAAGAGUAUUAUCUGUUUAGAAACGAAAAUAUCCGUGUGAGAAAACACUGAAUGUUCCCAGACAGAAUCAGGACAAAUCCCUGCUAUUCAACACAGUAAAAAUACCGAAAGCGUCUAAAAUUUGCACCAUAUUUUCCACAGAUUUCACCUUGAUACAAACACCUGUGAGCAGAAUCUGUUACGUGGUUUAUCUUCGUGUCAAACUGACCCAAAGCCAACACAGCUGAGAUUAAACACCUGUGUUGAGGGAUUUUAGGGCUGUGGACGGGGACAUGUUGCACCCUCGCAUUCGGGGGGGCACAUCAGCCAGACAGAUGUUGUUACAUGACAAACUUGGCAGAACUUCAAACUGAUGGACAGAUGGGGCACAGGGGCUUAUAGUACCAAUUAACAAAAGUGAAGCUGUUCUUGAACACACAGACCUAAUAACUAAACUCACAUCUGUCAGCGGCGUUCCACAGAUUGGAUGAAAGGGGGGUGUAGCUGUGUCAAUAUGCUCGAUGGAUAAGUGACAAAUUUUCAGCUUUGUAAAUAACUGCUCUUUUGUGAAUUAAAGAGACAGUUUAGGGAGGAUUCAUGUUGUUUCAAGCUUUCAUAAUGUGAAUGCAGUGUACGUGUGGGUGUUUAAAAAGGGGGUCCCAUUUAAACUGAGGGGUGCAGCAAAUACAGAAGCUGAUGAAGCCAAAGGAGGGUGAUGUAAUACUCGCUGCUAGCCUUUGCCCUGAUCCUUCCCUGAUCCCGCUAACAUCCAGCAUUGACCUUUACUGCAUUAAUCCACAAUAAUCUCCCUCUCGGUCGCUCUCUGACUCAGUUCGAGGUAGCCACUCCGCCCGGUGGCUUGCUGUUGUGCACUUAAUGAGAAAUGUGGUUUUAACCGUUUGCAAUCAUCUCCCAACAUUGAUAACCCCCUCCGCUCUGUCUUUGUUUGUGUCUGCGGAUUUGUUACUUACAAAAGUCCUGGUA